UGGAGGGGUCUGGGUGAUGACGGUGUCAUUGUGUUAUCAGGUUCCUGUAAGGUGUCAGGAUGUGGCGGUCUAUUUUUCCAUGGAGGAGUGGAAGUAUAUAGAAGGACACAAGGAUUUGUACAAGGACGCCAUGAUGGAGGCUCCUCUGCCUCUGACAUCACAAGAAAAUCCCAGUAAGAACUUCAUGUUAUCACUGGAUUAUAAAAUAGAAGAUGAAGAUAUCGAGCAGCGCUCUUCAGGAGAAAACCUCAUUACCUAUAAUAUCCAUCCAGGAUUUUACAAUACAGAUCUAUCAUAUAAUCCUCCUAAUUACCAGGAACCUUCUUCUGACCAAUUACAAAUUAUUACCACAAGUACCGGGCAGAAAGAGAGUAAAAGGUUUCAGUGUGAAGAAUGUGGAAAACAAUUUACAAGAAGUUCAAACCUAUAUACACACAAAAGAAUUCACACGGGUGAGAAGCCAUAUUCAUGUAGUGAAUGUGGAAAAUGUUUUAUAUCUAAAUCACAAUUUGUUAAGCAUCGGAGAAUUCACUCAGGAGAGAAGCCGUAUUCAUGUUCAGAAUGUGGAAAAUGUUUUACGCAAAAGUCAAAUCUUGUUACACAUCAGAGAAUUCACACAGGAGAGAGGCCAUAUUCAUGUUCAGAAUGUGAGAAAUGUUUUAUGCAAAAGGCAAAUCUUGAUUCACAUCAGCGAAUUCACACGGGAGAGAAGCCAUAUUCAUGUUCAGAAUGUGGCAAAUGUUUUACAGAGAAAUCAAGUCGAGAUAAACACAAGAGAUGUCACACAGGAGAGAAGCCAUAUUCAUGUUCAAAGUGUGAGAAAUGUUUUGCAGAUAAAUCACAGCUUGUUUUACAUGAGAUAAUUCACACAGGAAAAAAGAUUUAUUCAAGUUUAGAAUAUGGAAAAUGUUUUAUGGGAAACUCAAAUCUUAUUACACAUCAGAUAACUCACACAGGAGAGAAGCCAUAUUCAUGUUCAGAAUGUGGAAAAUGUUUUGUUACUGCAGCCAAGCUUAAGGUUCAUCAGGGAAGUCACACUGGAGUGAAGUCGUAUUCAUGUUCAGAAUGUGGGAAGUGUUUUACUCGAAAGUCAAAUCUUGUUACACAUGAGAAAAUUCACACAGGAGAGAAGCCACUGAGAUGUUUAGAAUGUGGGAAAUGUUUUACGCAAAAGUCACAUCUCCUUACACAUGAGAGAAGUCACACAGGAGAGAAGCCGUUUUCAUGUUCAGAAUGUGGGAAAUGUUUUCUUACUAAAGCCAAACUCUACUAUCAUUGGAGGAUUCACACAGGAGAAAAACCGCAUUAAUGUUCAGAAUGUUCAAACUACACUUUGCUGAAACCACUGCAGCUUUCUGGAUUUCAGUUAUCUCACCCAGCUGUGGUAUUUGGGUGGGAUAUACAGGCCCUCCAGCACUAUACUGUACACAUUGCCACAAAACAUGUUUCCUGUAGGAAAAUUGCAGUGACAUCCGGGUUUUAAAUGUUUUUAAAACAGGGAAUAUUCUUGUUUUGAAGCUGGAGUCGGAGUCUCUACAUUUCUCCUGACUCCAUGAUUCCGACUUCACGGCCUAGAGUCCGUGACAAUUUACUCUUUC